AAGUUUUUCCGGGUUACGGUACAGAUUUGUCAAAUAGCCCCAUAGCCCGUGCAUGGCAUGGUCGAUUCAGUCAGGGAUCCAGGGUGGACGUUUUUAUCAGUCUGUACCAGAAGUUAAACCGUCAGAGUAACGAGUAACUCCAUCUUUUCUGACCGUUUGAACAGCUGUCUUCACUCUCGAAGAGCAGAUUUUCACAUUUGUCACAGCUCGGUUAGCGUACUAGUUAACGUUGCUCUUUGAAAAUGGCGGAUCUACCACCAGAGAAAAGCCUGGACGAUUUCUUUGCCAAGCGGGAUAAAAAGAAGAAGAAAGAGAAAGGUAAGGGCAAGGAGUCCACCACCGGGCCCACGUCGGCUGUGAUAAAAAAGACCAAGAGGGAGAAGGAGAAAUCGGCGAAAAACGACAAUCAAGACACACAGAUUGAAAAGGAGGACGAGGAAUGGAAAGAGUUUGAGCAGAAAGAAGUUGACUACAGCGGGCUCCGGCUCCAAGCUUUACAGAUAAGUGACGAGAAAGAGGAGGAGGACUACGAGAAGGAGGAGGUUGGUGAGGAUGGAGAGAUCAUUCUGGUCAGCGGAGACAAAGUGUCUGGUCCCUGGAACAAGUCUGGUGCUGCUCCAGCUCCUGCUGCUGCACCUGUGGAGGAUGUAGAAGAGCCCGAGUCGAAGCCUUCUGGUGUGUAUCGCCCUCCAGGGGCUCGCAUGUCCAACACCAGACGAGCUCCCACCCAGGGGCCUCCUGAGAUCUUCAAUGAUGCACAGUUCCCCUCUCUACUGGCUACCGCCAAGCAUGUGGAGACACGCAAGGACAGAGAAAUGGAGAAGACCUUUGAAGUUGUGAAACACAGGAACCGUGGUAGAGAGGAGACCGGUGGCGCCUCUAUGCAGCAGUUGCAGCUUGACAACCAGUAUGCCAUCCUGGGGGAUAAGUAGAGCAGCUCCCCUCGCCCCCUGGCCCCUUCAGCACGGUCCUGCCAAUCCCCUCGAAGGAAGCGCAACUCCAGCUGUGUUGACUGCAGUCCUGAAAAAGCUCAUCUUGCCACCAUCUUAACACUGGUUACUAACACACACACACACACACACACACACACACACACACACAGCCUCAUAUACAUACACACACAUAAACAGCAAUACCACUGCACCACAUACAGUGACACUCCCUUUAAAUAAAUAGUAACACACUUUACAUAUAUUGGUUGGCAAAACUGAAGGACUGCAUCUUAAGGGGCUGUUGAAAGAGGGAAGAAUUGAAAAGGAAUUGGCAAAAUACACCCAAACGUACAACACUGCAGCAGCAACAGUGGACGACGACAUAUUUGUCCUUUGUGGAUUGUACUCAGAGCAGCAGUUGUGUGGCGCAACGUUUCUCUGGACUUCAUCUUGCUUUGAUAAAGCCACAGAGGAUAACUUUAGGCAAGAUGAUUUUACAAACUUCUGUGAAAAUAUCUAUUUUUUUGCAAGAUCGUUAUAACCCAAUCGCACAUGGUAAUUUGGGGUGUGUUUUUGAGUUGCGCUGGGGGCUUCAGGAGUGGGGAUACUACCUCAGCAGCAUAGCUGGUGGUGACCAUGUGGACUGAGCUUUUUUUCCCCCGCUGUGGUGGUGAACGGGGCAAACACCAGCCCUCCCCCCCCCACAUAGAAGCCGGCCAUCAGGCUCUUUAAUUUAGAAACUUGAAGCUUUUUUUUUUUCCUUCAUGACGAUGACACUCUGCAAAGAUCUAUGGACAAGAAGUGAUGGGUUGUGGUCCUCAUUUAGAAUUUCUAUAUAAAGUGGCCUUACUGAUAGAGAAACUGCUUUGUCAUCUGAAGAGAACUUGGCUUGUUGUCUCACGGGCUGCUGCCUGCCUCUGGUUCUCACCACUUUUUGACAAACCCCCCCCCCCCCCCUCCAAAUACACAAACGAAGAAAAUCCUUCUGUUCAAGAAUGUAGUGUUGUUGUAGUUGUCUGAUGAUUACAACUACUGUCUUUCAUAUCCACUGUUGGAUUUUGCUGCCCCUACUUCAUAUUGGUCUUUUUAGACAUCAGCAAAAGAGAAAUUAAAGCUUGUUUCUAAUCCAAAACCAUUCUUUUAGUAACAAAUGCUUUACUGUGGUUUGACACCAGAUGGUCACAGAUGUUACAGUAUCCAGAAAAAUGACAGGAAACCAAACUACUUAAAAAAGCAUAUUUGUUGAGGUAAUUUGGCCAUACUGAGUUCACAACUUUUAUAAUUUUGUUGUAAAGUGGUGUAGUUUUAAGACUUCUUUUUUUUUUUAAUCAAGGCUUUUCCUCAUGAGUAAACAUGCUGUCAGCUCUUGUUGCAGUUGUGUAGAACUGGUAGCUUGUGCAUAACUUAAUUUCCAGAGAGUUACAGUGACUACACGUCACUUUCACGUCGUGAAAACAAAUGUCACCAAACCAACAGAGUACUAUCCACUUAACAAAACAGUGGUAUGCCCAGUUAAAAUCAAAUGGGGUUUUACUACAAACAUAGUUAUGUUUAGAAAGGUGAAAAACUGGAUUUAUGUUCUGUUUCGGUCCUUUCCAUAAAAGAUGUUGGGGAGCGUUGAUCUCUGCCGGAACACUUUGGGUGGACGUAGAUAAUAUUUGUGAUGAAAAGAGAAGAGCCUAACACAGAAAAUAAAGUGAUCCUUGUGA